GGGGGCUUCGUGAAGAGUCAACGUGGUUCAGUGUCACCGUCUGAAAACGAAUGCCGCCGGGUCGUGUCGGGUGGUAGUAGUAGUGAUCAUAUUAAUGAUGUUUGGUCCUGCAAAGGCCAGUUGAAGGCUGACACGGACGCUUAACGACACGUUUACAGAGUGGCGUUACACGGCUGCAGUAAGGUGACGGAAUGAGCGAUCAGCUGCCAAGCACAUCCACAGCAGAGUAAAGAUGCUUGGGGCCACCUACGCUGCCUUCGUUCUUCUGUGCGCCGCCUCCUUGGCCCUGGCAUGGCUGGCAUCCCGAGCCCGGCUGGGAACAGAUGCCGUGCGAAACCCAACGUACAGGAGCUUCCAACUGCACUUCUAUGCCCCUUACUUUCUGGCUCUCGCCGCCGACUGGCUGCAAGGGCCCUACCUGUACAAGCUCUACAGCCACUAUGGCUUCCUGGAGCCGCAGAUCGCCGUGCUGUACGUGUGCGGCUUCGCGGCGGGCCUGCUGCUGGCGCCGUUUGUCGGCACGCUCGCCGAGCGAUUGGGCGGCCGGCGCACGUCGUGCGUCCUCUUCUCGCUGCUCUGCGCCGCCAGCUGCCUCCUGAAGCUGUCGCGCGGCUACUUUGUACUGCUCGUGGCCCGAAUCCUGGGUGGGAUCUCCACCGCCCUCCUCUUCACAGCCCAUGAGACCUGGUAUCAGCACGAGCACAGGCAGAUUCACGACUUCCCAGCAGAGUGGGUGGAUGGAACUCUGGCCGAGGUGGCCCUGUGGAACGGGGCCAUUGCGGCCGUGGCGGGCGUCGUAGCCAACUUGGCCGCGGAGACGCUGGACUUUGGGCCGGUGGCCCCGUUCGUGCUUGCUGUCCCCUUCCUGGCUGUCUCGGGGGCGCUGAUCAUCUGGCGCUGGGAUGAAAAUCGCAGCACGACCAAGGUUGGGCUGAAGAGGAGCUGCAUUGAGGGACUGCAAUGCCUGCUGUCCGACCGCAAAGUGCUGCUGCUUGCGGCUAUACAGGCCCUGUUCGAGAGUACCGUCUAUAUGUUCGUGUUCCUGUGGACUCCCGUGCUGGACCCUUGGAACGCGCCCCUCGGCAUAGCCUUCUCCUCCUUCAUGCUGGCCAGCCUCGCCGGCUCGUCGCUCUACCGCCUCGCCACAUCGCCCUCUCGCCCGCUCGUGCAGCCCACGCACGCGCUGCUGCUCUCCGUGGCACUUGCGCUCGGCGCAUUCGUGCAGCUGGUGUGGAGCACGGCUCCCCCCAACGCUAGUCCCUACCGCUCCUUACUGGCUUUCCUGGCUUUCGAGUUCGCGGUCGGCGUCUACUUCCCAGCCGUUGCUUUCCUGCGUAGCAAGGUCAUACCGGAGAAGAGCCAGGCGGGGGUACUGGGAUGGCUGCGUGUGCCGCUGAACACGUUCACGUGCCUCGGGCUGCUCGCGCUGCACGACGCAGACGUGCGCACGGGCCCCCGCGACGUCUUCACCAUAUGUGCGGGGCUUAUGCUGGCGACGCUCGUGGCCAGCCUGGUCUUCUGCUGGAUGAGCCAGCAGGCAUGAGCAGCAGUUGCAGGAGUCCCAGCAGCAGCAGCAGCAAGAGUCGCAGCAAGAGCCGCAGCAAGAGUCGCAGCAGACUCCGUUCGACAGCCUGUCGAGCCCCGUGCAGUGACGCUUUGUGGCUGUGUGGAUGGUACGAAAUGGGUUUGUUGCGGUGCAUAGGAUUUAAACUAUUAUGAAUGUCUAAGUUUAUCAUGUAUAUUGGUUUAUGAUGGAUGUAUGCUUGGGUGAGUAGAGGGUAGUGGAUGAGUUUCGGUUGAAAAUCAUUGGGAUGUUAAUUUAAUGUAUUUUUGGGCGAACAAAGUGACAUCACCUGAUGCAAUGUGACACCACUUUUGGUGGGAACAGCGUGGAUGUGAUGUCAUUGUUACCUGAUGCAAUGUGACGCCACUUUUGGUGGGAACAGCAUGGAUGUGAUGUCAUUGUUACUUGUAACGUCAUUUGAUCGGAUUACCGUAGUCCUACAAUUUUUUUCCAGAUCAUCUGAAAGUUUUCAGCUAAAUUUUUGGAUUUUGUUAGAUUAAUCCAAAAAUUAGGAACGCAUCCCAAGGAGACAGUCAUUUGUUGACAAUGUUUGUGUAAAUUGUUCGGAUAUGCUCUUUUUGUACUGAAAAAGAAUGCCAGUGUGAAUAUAAUCACUGUUACAGGAAUUAUGUAUAUCUUUGUAUUAUCAGCAAAGUAUCUAUUUAAAGCAUUGAAUAAGGUAGCUUCGUUUACACUUGUCAUACUUUGCAUGCGGCUAUUUUGUAAUUUAGCAUAAUGGAUGACAGUCAACACCUACAUUUAUAUACACGUGUAAAACUAAAAUUUGCGUUAAAUCUUAAGCACCAAGCACGUGCUGUGUGUGGUGGUGGGGUCAAGUGUGGGUACCUCUUCCAACACAUCUGACAAGCGUGGAAGAGUAGGCCAUGUACCCUCCAGAGCGUGGGCUUAAGAGUGUUCUC